AUGGCGCUUGAUGCAUCCUUCCAAAACCUACUCGCCUCGCUGGCAGCAGCAAACCUUGCCCCGGGCUCCACAGCCCUCAUACCAAAAGACUUCACGCCAAGCGUCCACCUUAACCUCACCUACGGGCAUCAGAAAGUCUCGCUCGGAAACGUCCUCCGGACAAGCGAGACGACGACGGCUCCCAUCGUGACCUUCGACAGCGAGGUGUAUUGUUGUGUGGUUGUGUGGUUGUGUGGUCCACCCCAUCCCCCCCGUCCAAGCCCAAAACCCCCCUCUCAAAGUCAACAUCAAAAUGAGUGUAAGAGUGAUUCGAGCCUGACGAGAUUGCAUAUGUCCGUGAGAAAGAAGGCAGACGGUACAUCGUACACCCUCCUGCUCGUCGACCCCGAUGCGCCCACGCCCGAAGACCCCAAGUUCGCGUACUGGCGCCACUGGAUCGUGACCGGGCUCACGGGCAGCACGUCGCAGGAUGCCGCGCUCGCUGCAACGGCAUACCUUGGUCCGGGGCCGAAAGACGCUACGGCGUCGCCCCAUCGGUAUCUCUUCCUCCUCUUCCGGGAGCCCGCAGGCUUCAAGUUCGCGAGAGGGGAGGUCGGCGGUGAUGCAUUUGUCGAGAGGAGGUCGUUUGAUGCGGCUGGGUGGGCCGCGGGGCGGGGGUUGGUGCUUGUGGGCGUAGAGUGGUUUUCGGGGGUUGGCGAUUUGUAG